AUGAAGGCCAUGCCCUUGCCUUUUGAGGAAUUUCAAGGGAAGGGAGUGUUGGAUUUCUCUUCAGCCUCAGAUUCAUUUUCACUGCUUUUGCAUCAUCCACAACCAAAGUGGACCAUAGACAAAGAGGAUUAUUGCUAUGUGGGCAGCACUGAGCCCACCUCAGUUCUUGACUCUAGAAGAAGCCCAAGUCCUCCCACUUCCUCCUCUACAAUGUCCUCUUCUCUUGGCAGCAACAGCAAGGGUGGCAGUGGCACUUCAGCCAAUACCACAACCACCACCGGUGCUGCAGCCCCAACACCCUCUGACAACAACAACCCUCCUCAGGAUUCCAGCCCUGAAAAAUGUGGUAUCAGGAUGGAUGACUGGGAAGGUCAAGAUCAAUCCAUUCUCAGGCUAAUCAUGGGGGAUGUUGAAGACCCUUCUGUUGGAUUGAGCAAGCUCUUGCAAAGCACUGCCUGUGGCUCUCAGAGUGUUGAUUUCAAUGCAGGCUUUGGUAUUGUGGAUCAAGGGUUGAAUAUGGUGAGUGGUGGUAUUGACCCUUCAGGGAAUUACCCUACUGGUUUCCCUUUCAUUGCGGAUAAUAUUGAUGGCCAAAAUGGCAAGCCUGGGUCUGCGGCUGGCCAGGUUUCAGAAUCUGUAGUUUUCUCUGCUAACAAUCCUCUUAUGGUGUCAUCAUCUGUGUCUCCUGGUGUGUUCACUUCUCAGCAGCAGCAGCAGCAGCACGAGUUUGGAGUGGUGGAUGAGAAGCCUCAGGUUAUCAACCCCCAGUUUAUGUUAAAUCAGAACCAAGUUCAGUUCUCAGAGAACCCUUCUUUCUUUGUGCCAUUGAUGUAUCCCCAGGUUCAGGAGCAGCAGGUUUUCCCUCAGCAUCAAGCGAAGCGCCCUCUCUUUGACACAACCGGGCACAAUUAUCAGGUUCCAAGGUUGCCCCUUUUGGAUUCAGGGCAAGAGGUGUUUGGCAGGAGGCAGCAAACACAGCUUCCAUUAUUUCCUCCCCAUAUGCAACAACAACAACAACAACAAUCAAUUGUUAUGCCAUCUGCUAAACAGCAGAAGGUGAGUUCCGCCGGAGACGAUGCAAGCCACCAGCUUCAGCAGGCUAUAUUUGAUCAGUUAUACAAAACUGCUGAGCUGAUAGAAGCUGGUAAUCCGGUUCAUGCGCAAGGGAUAUUGGCGCGGCUCAAUCACCAGCUCUCCCCUAUUGGUAAGCCUUUUCAGAGGACUGCUUUCUACAUGAAGGAAGCCUUGAUGUCACUGCUUCAUUCAAACGCUCACAGUUUCAUGGCUUUCUCACCAAUUAGUUUCAUAUUCAAAAUUGGAGCUUAUAAGUCUUUUUCUGAGAUAUCACCUGUUCUUCAGUUUGCCAAUUUCACUUGUAACCAAGCCCUCAUUGAAUCUGUCGAAAGGUUUGACCGUAUUCAUGUCAUUGAUUUUGAUAUUGGGUUUGGAGUGCAGUGGUCAUCUUUUAUGCAAGAAAUUGCCUUGAGAAGUAGUGCUGCACCUUCUCUCAAAGUCACUGCCAUUGUGUCACCCUCCACAUGUGAUGAGGUUGAACUCAAUUUCACCAAAGAAAAUUUGAUUCAAUACGCAAAGGACAUCAACGUGUCUUUUGAGUUCAGUGUUUUAAACAUUGAAUCAUUGAACACUCCUUCUCCACUUCUUGGCCAAUUCUUUGAUAACGAGGCCAUUGCUGUGAAUAUGCCAGUUUCAAGUUUCACAAACUAUCCAUCAUUGUUCCCUUCAGCUCUUCACUUUGUAAAGCAGCUCAGGCCAAAGAUUGUUGUCACAUUGGACAGAAUUUGUGAUCGAAUUGACUUAGCACUUCCCAAUAAUGUAGUCCACGUUCUCCAAUGUUAUUCAGCCUUGCUGGAAUCGCUGGACGCGGUGAAUGUGAAUCUUGAUGUCCUACAAAAGAUUGAGAGGCAUUUCAUCCAACCUGCCAUCAAGAAAAUUAUUCUUGGCCACCACCAUUCUCAAGAAAAACUACCUCCAUGGAGGAACCUCUUUCUACAAUCUGGAUUUUCUCCAUUCACUUUCAGCAACUUCACAGAAGCUCAAGCUGAGUGUUUAGUUCAGAGGGCACCUGUGAGGGGAUUUCACGUGGAAAGAAAGCCUUCAUCUCUUGUUCUAUGCUGGCAGAGGAAAGAACUCAUCUCAGUUUCUACUUGGAGAUGCUGA